ACCGACCGCAGUCAUUUACGGCCCAUGGAAACCAACCGGAGGUUGGAGUUUUGUUUACUCGCGUGGGGGGCUAACAGUUACGGGCAGCAUGGGCAAGGAGAUGAGGAGGACCAGGCUGUCCCACGACUCUCGAACACGGCUCCUCUCCACGGAAGGACGGUCAGGACUGUCAGUGGUGGCGGGGGACACACCGUGGUUCUCACCGAUAGUGGCAAAUUGUUAUCCUGUGGCUCCAAUGUGUUUGGACAGCUCGGUAUUGGUCAUACGGUGAAACAGUCUGCAGAGCUGGUGCUUGUUCAGGGUCUAAAGGAGCGUGUGGUGAGUGUAGCAGCAGGCCUCAGGCACUCACUUGCAGUCACAGACUCGAAAUGUGUUUACCAGUGGGGGACAGGUCUCUACCGUCUUGCCAAAAGAGCACUCAGUCCCGACCCUGUUCCAUCACACCUCAACACCAAUGUUCCUUUACUGGUGCCAGGAAUGGAUCAGAAGAUGGCACACUUUGUCACUGCAGGCUCAGCUCACUGUGUGUGUCUUACAGGAGACGGUGAUUUAUUUUUGUGGGGAAGUAACAAACACGGCCAGAUCACUGCCACAGAGCCUUUCUUGUGCACUCCUACUCAGCUGAAGUGCUCAUCAUUUGGUGGAGAAAAAGUAGUCAAUGUGUGGAGUGGCUGGACUCACCUUGCUGCGCAAAUGGUGAGUGGGAGAGUGUUCACGUGGGGCAGAGGGGAUUAUGGACAGCUGGGCCGACCACUGACAAGUCCUCUGAAUCGUGAGCACCAGUCUGCAGAUGGUGAAAGCCAGAUUCUCCUCCCUGCAGAGGUUAAAAUCCUCUGUGGAGCAACACAGAUUGCAUGUGGAUCUGAGCAUAAUCUCGCCAUUGUUGGGGGGCAUUUGCUUUCCUGGGGCUGGAACGAACACGGAAUGAGUGGAGAUGGUUCACUGGCUGACGUCUUGGAGCCGCAGCUCCUUCCCGGUCUCACACCUUUUCUCAUUGGCUGCGGGGCAGGACAUUCUAUGGCAGUGUGCGCGGGAAAGACGUCUAAAGACGACUCUGCACACAUUCCACUGACAUUGGACACAGCAUGCAACUAAGUCUAGAGCAGAAUUCCUAAAAUGGAAUUAUAUUAUGAAUGAACACACAUUUGACUGAUUUACCUUUCUGCUUAGCACCUGUUGAGGAAUAUUAUGCAACAACUUUCACCAUCCAAUGGGCCACGGUAUCUUUUGGUAGUUAAGUGGCGAAAGCCUGUGUAUGUCAUAAAUACCUAGAUAUGUGUGGAUGUGACUUAUGUCUGGUGUGGACGGAGGCCAUCAUUUCUGUGGCCUGUCCAUCACUUUGAUUGCCAUAACGGUGGGCGAUAGUUUUACAGGACAUGGUCAUCCCUACACCUCCCGCCAUGUUGGCCCGCCUGAAUGACGGAAGACGUUAAGGCUGCUGCCGCAACUCCGUCUUCCCAUGUCAGAGCUUUUAUUACCGUGAUCUUGAACGUUGGGAGGCACUGAUGCCCAUACUUCAUAGCAGCUAUGUGUGUCACAGUGUGAUUUACGGAUUACACAUAAAUAUUUCUUUACCAUAACUUGUCACAUGUACCUAAAGAAUGUCAUAUUGGCACCUCCUUUUGAUUCAGUCAAUUAAUUCCUGGCCCAUCUUGCAUAUUUAUGAGCUGUGUAGGCAUCUGCAGUGCAGUACCUGGGCCACAUGUGCAGGUCAAGGACAGUGGGUGGGAUUAGCAUUGCGCAUGCUUAAUGCUUGAAAUAUAUGUACGGUAUUUAUUCUUCUUUUAUUUAAAACUCACUAAGGCAAUUAUAACAUACUUUUCAUAACAUCGGCACUAAUGAUAAUGAUGUUAAAUUAAAGGUUUUUUACCAAGAAAAAUAAACAACCUCUUGAAAAUGUUCAUCUCUGUGUUUGUUAAAUUUUAUUUAACACUAUUUAAUGUACAGGUCUGAACUGUAUUGUUCAGAAAAGACACCAAAAAUCCCUAACCAACAAACCAGUCAAAACUACCACCGAACACCCUACUAAGAGAACUAGCCACAAAAUGGACAGUGUUCAAAACACACGCACUCACUCUUAAAUGUCACUAAAAGUCACACAUUUAGUUGCCUCUCAUAUGUUGUACCUGUUUUAAUGGCUUUUUUUUUUAUAGUAUUUGAUAUUGUGUCAGUGACUAGCACACAGUUCCCAGUGGUUCGUUGGCAGUGUGUUUGCAGUUGUUUGUUAAAAAAAGUUGGUCCCUUUCACACUAACUUUUCCACACAAACAGUCAAAGCUGCACUUGGCAGCAACAUGGCUAUCAUGGUUGUUUUCUACUCAUAAUGCUCAGUGACUGCCUUUUCUUUUGGAACCACACUGGGGUUCUUUAACAAUAGAUGUAAAAUUGACAUCCUGUAAAAUGCCAGAUUUUUGGGUGACAAAAAAUAAACCAGCAUUGCAAUUUUUACUUUUAAUUACUGCUACAACUUAAUUACUUACUGAAUUGAAUUGAAAAACUAUGUGUAAUUAUGAAACAAAUAUCUCUCUCCACUCCAUUUGAUGGCAGUAUAAUUUUGGGGUUAUUCAUCCAAAUCAUUCAUUUUCUACCACUUAUCCUCACCAGGGUCGCGGGGGUGCUGGAGCCUAUCCCAGCUGUCUUUGGGCGAGAGGCGGGGUACACCCUGGACUGGUCGCCAGCCAAUCACAGGGCACAUAUAGACAAACAACCAUUCACACUCACAUACCUAUGGACAAUUUGGAGUCACCAAAUGGUGACCAACGUUUACUAGAAACAGGCUCGACUUACUGCUGGCAAUGCAAACCAAACUCCUGUUCUGGUCAUACAAGGACCGAAUGGCACGUUGUAGCGCACCAACGAUCCUGUACGCUCGUAGCACCCCCCACAGGAACCCACCAGUUCUGCCACAUUUUAAAGCUUUUAUCAUUAACUGCAUCUGGUUGGGAGAUUUGUUGUGUAUUUUUUAACAUAGAAACCUGGCAUUUUACUUUGUCAACUUAUAUCCACUAUAUCUGUGUGCCUUUUGUACACUGUGUUGCUGGUUGUCUAUUGAAAGUCUGUUGGUGACUGACUGAUUUAGAGUUUCGGAAUUUCUACAGUGGAACCUCGGUUUUCGUACGCCCUGUUUUUUGUAUGAUUUGCAGGUUUUCACUGAAAAUUAUUGCCAUGAAUAUUUCUGUUUUGGUGCACUCUCAAACUGUGCGCCGAAAAACUAGGUUGUUAUAUAAUUUGUAUAAAUGUUUUAUCGCAGUUUUUGGGUGUAGACUUUUUAUGUCUGAAAUGGUGGACUCCUUGGAGUGACAUUGUUUCUUAUGGGAAAACUAGAUUUGGUUUCCGUGUGGCCUUCUGCAAACCGAUCAAUGACGAAAAGCGAGGCUCUGCUGUAUUUAUUUCAUUGUCCUAGACUACUGGUUUUAGAAAUCUGCAUAAGAGAGGCACUUGUCCAGUAUUGUGUGUACUGUGUUUUGGCAUCAGUCAUUUUGCGCUUAAGGAGAUAAUAAUAUUGCAAGUUCUACUUGAUUGUCAACUGAAAAAAGCACUGCUAAGCGAUACUUCUUAACUAUGGGGGCAAUUAAAAAAAACUUCACCUAGUUAAAAUGUGUUAAGCCUACUGCAUUACUACUUAGUGUAUGAGUUCAUAACAGCACGUUUGACCACUGAAUACCUCAUUGACACAAAGUAAUACUGGUGUUCAAGUAUUUUUUUGUGGAUGCUCAAAACAUCAAAGGAAUGUUAAAAGUUCAGUGGUGCAAAAAAGUGCAAAAGUCUCCAAAGAGGUGAGCAUGAGAGUGCAAAAAGUGUUUCCAGCUGUUUGACGUGACUUAAAAUCGAAGCAACCUUGUUUUUUUUUUUUCUUAUGACACAACACACAAAUAUUUGAUGAUCACUCAAAAACAUUGGUACACACAACUUCAGCACACACAAAAAAAGCAUAUUUACAACACCAAAAAUAUAGGCACACAAAUUACAUCACAGUAACCAGUCACAGAUACUGAGCUACAUAAGGCUUUGACAACAAAACGUCCUCAGUGCUACAUCUAUGCUGAGCUAGUGUAGUGAUGUACAGGUUGCCACUGUCACACCCAUUUAAAAGUACUUAAUAAUACACACAACAAUGCUACAGCACUAUCAGGUAGGUGACGGGCCAUUAUGGGUCAUACACAUAGUGGUUGGUACACCAUGGUUCAUAACACAAACUGACUCAGUUGGUUCUCUGCUCCGGUGCUGUCGCUGGGUCUCUAUAAACAUAUAAAAAAAAAACAAUAACAAAAAUAAAUUAUUACACCAAGUAUGUUUUAUGUAGGAAUUGAUGGUAAUGGCUGAUACCUCUGCAGCGCAGGGAGGUGGAAUGAGACUUGAAGGGUUAAAUAAAAUGUGCUCCGUUAGUCUCUCAUGGUAAAGGCAGGUUUACCAUGUGUUUUCCCAUGCGUAUGGCCAAGGCGUCAGACAAACACGAUUGUCUGGUUGGACUCGGAGUCUGUUAAUAAACAUGCCCGGUCAUGCGGCCUUUCAGGGGUUGAGAUCCACAUUUCAGUCAUCGUCAUGCGGAUGUUUUAUGUCAUGCUCUCACCGUCACCGUUAUUCUUGAAUACCCAAUACACAAGUAUCAACACAAAGGAAAGAUGUUGUAUGCAUGUGCUGUUGAAUAAAAAUGGAGUCUAAACACUCAUUGAGUAUAAAAUUUAUUUCAUGCAAGGACUUAUAUUUACAUAUUUGAUUUGAAUACUUUUCUGUUGCAUAAAUGUAAAAUACAUGCAUUUACCUUUCCCCAAGAAGACCCACAUCUCAUCUUGUUUUGUAUGUUUUUUUUUUCACCUGCAUUUCUUCACAUCAAAUCUUCACAAUUUUUUUUCUGAAUAUAUAUAUAUAUAACGUCCAUUAAUCACCACAAGAGACAUGACUUGAAAUGUAAAACUAUUCAGAAUGAAUAUACUCAUGUACUUAAAUCUUAUAGAAAUUUGUGACAUUUCUGAUUAGUCAACAUAAAAUCUGUUAAAGUGCCUUGAACAAAAUUGUGCAUAAUUAUCGGGACAGUAUCAAUACAUGUAUAACUGUAGCAGUAUUGAUAUUUAUGAAUCAUGAAAACAGACUGAAACUUGAUAUAUAUUAUAUAUUUCUUAGAUUGGCCCUUGGUUUAUAUUUUGUGCUUCGUAAUACAAAAAUGUUUUCGAUUAAUCUUAGUCUGUAACAACCAAAAGGUGCGAUGACCUUUUAUAAAAAGAAGUCAUGAGCAGCUUUUAAAUGCACUGAUGCUACAACAGUGUUGUAUUGUGUCAAAAUCUUUUUCUUUAACAUGACCUCCCCUGAUUUGAAGGCACAAUUGUUUGUAAUUCUUGUCUAAACGUCUGCAUCUUAGCCAUAAUAGCAGUUGCAGCUGACUACUGUUAAAAAAAUUCUAACUACCAGUGGAUUAUAGUUGUUAAAA